AUGGAGCACCAUAGUACAACCAAGAAUGACCGUCAUGUCAUUGGAUCUCGCCCUGGACAUGUUGAUCCAGAUCAGGAGAUUAAAUGUCAUGCAAAUCAGCCUGCUCCUGACGAUAACGAAGACGUUGUUGGGUCCCCUGGCCAACCUCCUCCCGGCCAUAGCACCAGUCAGGAUGACUUUGUCGUAGGAUCAGCAAGUCAGUCUCGUACUCAACCCAUUGAUCGAUCUCACGUACAUUUCGUCGAACCAGACACACCUUUGUCUACAGAGUGCCUGGUCCAGCUAAUCUUUGACGCCUACAACUCACGCAAUCACGCCAGCGUUAAAAUCAUCACUCCUCUCAAACCUGAGGAAUCGCCCAAGGAAUGGCCAUUCUGUCUCAAGACUCUCUCUGAACGACCUUGGACUUUAUGCGAGCUUGGACAUAGAAAGAUUGGCGAUUUGGAAGUCGUCGUGGCUACAAAGGAAGAACAUGCCCGUUUGCUGAGCCGGGAUGUCUCUAGUGACAACUCACGCGAGAGAUUGGUUUGUCUCUUCCGCAUCUACGGUCAGAAGCCUGACUUUAACCAGAUUGAGGAAGAAUAUGGCCUGAAGGUUCUGGCUUGGACAGUUCAUGGUCCGUCACAUGGUCCUUUCAUGGAUCGAGAAGGGAUGACAUUGCCGGUUUCCAGUUUCGCAAACGGACCUUGGCGGGACUAG